GUAGGAAGAUGGCGGCGGCCCCGCUGUACUGUGUCUGCCGGCAGCCCUACGAUGUGAGCCGGUUUAUGAUCGAGUGCGACAUCUGUAAAGACUGGUUCCACGGCAGCUGUGUGCAGGUAGAAGAGCAUCAUGCUGUGGAUAUCGAUGUUUACCACUGCCCCAACUGUGAUGUCGUACAUGGACCCUCCCUGAUGAAAAAGCGCAACAACUGGCACAGGCACGACUACACAGAGCCAGAUGAUGGAUCAAAGCCAGUCCAAGCUGGCACCCCAGUGUUUAUCAAGGAGCUGCAGAACAGGACCUUUGCCAGUGGUGAGGAGAUUCUGAUGCGAAUGAAGGGUGAGCUGGUGACACCCAGGUACCUGGAGAGACACGGCUUCAACUACCCAAUAGUGGUCACCGAGAUGGAGGGUCUGGGACUCAAACUACCAGCCCCUACUUUCUCUGUCAAAGAUGUGGAGCAGUAUGUGGGUGGUAACAAAGUCAUCGAUGUGAUAGAUGUGGCACGGCAGGCUGACAGCAAGAUGAAGCUCAGCGAGUUUAUCAAGUAUUUCACCAAGUCCCAUCGACCCAAGGUCCUCAACCUCAUCAGCCUGGAGUUCUCUGACACUAAGAUGUCGGGGUUAGUGGAGGUUCCUGAUGUGGCUCAGAAGAUGUCCUGGGUAGAGAACUACUGGCCGGACGACUCGUUCUUCCCCAAGCCCUUUGUCCAGAAGUACUGCCUUAUGGGGGUCAAGGACAGCUACACAGAUUUCCACAUAGACUUUGGAGGCACCUCGGUCUGGUACCAUGUUCUCUGGGGGGAGAAGGUCUUCUACUUGAUCAAGCCCACUCCUGCCAACCUUGCACUAUAUGAGGCAUGGAGCUCCUCGCCCAAUCAGAGUGAAGUGUUCUUCGGGGACAAAGUGGAGAAGUGCUACAAGUGUGUUGUGCCCCAGGGAACAACCCUGCUCAUACCUACAGGCUGGAUCCAUGCUGUUCUAACCUCUCAGGAUUGCAUGGCUUUUGGAGGGAACUUCCUUCACAACCUCAAUAUUGGCAUGCAGCUCAGGUGUUAUGAAAUGGAGCGUCGUCUGAAAACCCCAGACCUCUUUAAGUUUCCGUACUUCGAGGCCAUCUGUUGGUAUGUGGCCAAGAACCUCCUGGAAAUGCUAAAAGAGCUACGUGAGGACAACUGUCCACCAUCAACCUACCUAGUAGAGGGAGUCAAGGCUUUAAUCAGUGCACUGAAGACCUGGUUGAAAAGAGAGGUGACUGAGCCCACCAGUGAGGUACCAGACAAUAUCAGGCCCAACCAUCUCAUUAAAGAGCUGACCAAGGAAAUCCGCUACAUGGAGGAGGAACCAGUCAAUGGUAGCAAGCCAGUGAAAUCUCAGGGAAGUGGGUGCGGAGUAGCAUCUGGAUCGAACGGCUGCCCAGCCACUCGCUCCACACUGGAGAGGCUGUGCCAGGCCCGGCGGGCGAGAAGAGCUGCCAGGCGGCUGAGGGAGCAGCAGCGGCAGGCCCCCAAAGUGCCCUCCAACCUGGACAUCUUAGAGCAGCACACCAGGGAGGUGCUGAGGAGGCUGGAGGUGGGACCGCUGGAGGAGGAUCCAGCAUUUUGUGCCAAGGUUCAUGGGAAGCUCAACAAAGUGUCAACUGCAUCAGCAGCUGCUGCUGCAGAGUCUUUAGAGGACAACCACCUACGGCUAAUGCUGGUCAACGGCAGAAUCAUCAGAGAUAUGAGGCGGCCAGGCAGCAGCCCGGUAAAGACGGAGGGUGAGCGGUCAUCUGUUGGCCAAGGUCCACCAAAGAGUUGUGUGGAUGGGAACUCGGAGAGGACACAGGACGGUGAAGAGCAGCACAGCAUGGUUGAGAAACCCACGCUCCUCAGGGGUCUGGAGAGGGUGAAGACUGAACUCAGGGAAGAAGUCUCAGGACACUCCAGUGUGUCAGACGUGGAGUCAGACAGUGACUCUCCCACAGAGCGUAAAGCAUCAUCAUCGUCGCCGUCGUCAUCGUCGUCAUCGUCGUCGUCGUCGUCAUCGUCGUCCUCCUCCUCCUCUUCUGACGAGGAUUCAGAGAGUUCCCAGGAGGAGGAGGGGGAAGAGAGGGGCUCAUCUCAGCAGAAAGGCUCAGGGCACACCAUAGAGCUGGACCAGUCUGGCCAGAAACUCAGGCACAAACACAAACCACUCAAACGAGACCGUCCUACCUCACCCAGCACAGAAGAGGCCAUUCAGGGGAUGCUGUCUAUGGCUGGUCUGCUGUGCUCAUCCAAGCCGGAGAAGGUAGCCUCCUCCCAGGAGCCCUGGUGGUCCAGCCCGAGCCAGUGCUCGCGGCUGGAGCAGAGGGAGGCCGCGCAGCACCAGCGCCGACUGCAGGGGGACAAGAGCCCAAUGGACAGCCAAGGCAAUAGCAGCAGCGAGGCCUGGGACAAUCAGGGGCUCCCAAGCCCCCUCAGUCAAAGCCACGCCACCAGCCCAGAGACGGACUACCAGUACUGUGACCCCUCAAUGUCUCCUCCGCUGCACCCCUCCAAGAGGCACGCCCCCAACCCCCCACCUAUCAGCAAUCAGGCCACAAAAGGCAAACGGCCCAAAAAAGGAAUGGCUACAGCCAAGCAGAGACUGGGGAAAAUCCUGAAACUCAACAGACACAGUCGUGUCUUUGUGUAACACUCCAAAAACAUCGGAGGCAGAAGAGAAGUUGGGGAUGAAUUCUUGAAGAAGAAAAAAAAGAAACAUUUGUGUAUUUGUUACCAGACACUUUUUGUGCUGUAGAGAAUGGGGAUUAAAAAAAGAAAAAAAGAAAAAAAGAAAAAAAAAAAAAAGAACACACUGCCUGGAGACGACCACAACUGAACGAAUCUUGACACGUAAAACACGCUCACUGUGCAUGCUUAGGAGACAGGGUAUUGGAUUUGAAAUGAGCAAGUGCACGACUUCAAUACAAGCACACUAAGAACAAAACAGAAAAGGAGCUUCGCGGAGAGACGUAGUCGAGCAUGUUAUGAAAUUUUCUGCUGCAGGGAAAGGUGGACUGAAGCUCCUGGGGGCAUUCAAAUGGACAAAGGAGAUUUUACUGUAGAAGGUCUACCAAACAAACGACAAAAAACGCUUGCUUUGAUGGGGAGACAGCAAGAUAUCUACUGCUUCUGAUGCCAAGAUCAUCUGCAUCACAUUUACUAAUAUCCUCUCUCCAGUGAACGCGCCCCUUCCCACCCACCCCUACACGAGCUUCACUUGCUUCACGGCUAUCUGCGAGCAGGACGGAGGAGCAGGUGAAAUGGAGCUCUAUCUCUUGCAGGGUCUUUUUUUCCCUUUUGGCCCUGGAGAGAAACGAGGUGCUAAAGAGGAGGAGGAGGAAGAAGAGGAGGCGGCGGUGAACUGAAAUUUCAAAAUGGUGCUUAUUGUUUGUACUUUUCUCCACUCAUGCUUGUCCCUUCCAGCCCUCACCUCCCUUCCCGACUUCCCCCCUUUAUCUCAAUCACACCAGCAAUAAUGACUUUGAGGAGAAAGGUAAGGGUGAGAGGCAGCACUUUGAUGCAUCCUUCCCCCUGAUUCUUCUGUUUUGUAGAAAAAUCUAAAUAGGUGCAUUACAGACUUGCACAAUUUAGUGCAAAAUAUUCUCUCAAACUUGCACUGUUGUUUGAUAAUUAGAGGGGAGUCUGGUCUGAAUUCUGGCUGAAGGGAAGCUGCUCAAAGUGCUGCCUCUUAGUGAAUUUGUUUUUAAUAGGAAUUGCGAGUCGUUCACUCAUUUAAAAAAAAAAAAGAAAAAAAAAAAAAAAAAAGAAAGAAAAUGAAAAUGACUCGCAUGUUAUCCUGCUUAAUUUAUUUCUUGUUUUGUGCGAUGUUAAUUUUUUUUAUGUGUUAUUUUUAUGGAUUCUGAAUGAUGUAUUUAUUAAUUGAAAGAGAUGAUUUUAUUUUAUUUUGACCCUAAAAAUCUCAGCUAUUCUGAGGGGUUUUUCCUUCAUAGGGGUUCUUCUCUUUUUUUUUUAUCUUUAACACAUACGUUUUGUAAAUGUGGAUGUUUUAGAGUUUAUGUGAUCAUCAUCUGUUGAGUAGCAGUUUCCCUACAAAACUUUUAUUACCUUUGAUUCUGUCACAACUCUUUUUUUCCCUGCCCAGUUGAAUAGAUCCUGUGUUGAUUCUUGUCUGUUCUGGUUUCCUCUUCUCCUUGUAGCCAGAGGGGUUUGGCUAUGUAUGAAUAGAGACUAGGUUAGGUUGAGAAAUGUCAGCUUCCAUAUCUACACCUGAGCUUUUUUCAACUAGUGCCACUUAUCAUUUAGCAAAAAAAAAAAAAAAAAAACAAGUAUUCUGAGCCACUGUGGUCGAUCCAAAGUAGUUGAUGUAUUCAGAAGUGAACGUUUGAGGAACUUAAAUGGGAUGAGUGAGGUUUUUUUCCUUGUUUUUUUUUUUUUUCUUUUUUUUAAUACCAGUGCUGAUGUGAGAUGUGCGUUUUGCUCGGGGUGCGCAGUUCUUCACUCUCAGGGAAUGAUGCCAUGGACAUAACCUUUGAUUAACCACCAGCCACGUCAUGGAUGCAGACAGGAUUUUCUCAGCACUCGCUCAAGACUUUAACCUUCACCUCCUGCUUCAGAGUCGCUGAGGUUUGCUUGUUUUCCAUUGCUCAAAAAAAAAAAUUCAUGGUCGUGGUUUUCAAGUAAGGAUAAGCUGUGCUUUUACCAGUCAGUCAUUGUACCUUUACAGUAGGCUACUUUUACAACUUCUGUUCACAUGAAUUUGGUAUUGUCCCCUUCUGCUUUCUAACACACUUUCAGCUCAGUGUUAUACAAAAACCACCCGUGUUAAGUUGACUCCAAAACAUAUUUCACCCAUUUAAAUGACACCCAGGCCGUGUUGCCAAGUAGCUUUAAGACCACUCAUUUAACAGCAUGAGACUUUGAAAGCUUUGCUCAGGUUGACUUAUAGUACACAUGACCUGCGAGUGACUGUGAUCAAUCACUCAGCCCUGAUGAGGCGUUUCAUGUAAUCCUAACACAAAGAACCAACUUAGUGGUAAUCACAUUGCCAGACUGAUUUCUUCCCCUUUUUUCUUACACUACACUUUAACCUUUGAACUCUUUGCAUGUCAAGUCAUUGAAAACAAGAGCUGGCCCGCAGGCAGGGUUUGUUAUAAGCUGUAGUAUUCACCGUACAGGAUCUGUCUCCUUUUGCUUUUAUAUGCAGCUCUCUUGCCAUUUGUGUUAUGUGCGUUGGUUCUUGCAAUGGUUUUUCCCAGAUUUAAAUGGCUUAUGAUUUAAAAUAUACAAACACUGGCUAACUGUGACACUGUUAAUGCAUUGCAUUUUGUUUCUGCAUUUCAAAAAUUGCGUGUAAAUAAAACUAAUGAAAUAA